CAUUUCCUUUUUUGGCUUAUCUUUGCUAUGCUUGGCUAAUUAUUAAGUGUGCUUAAGCGUGGCUUUAGUGUCCCUACUCCUCCUUCAGGUCCUCAAACUGCUAAUGGAUGAGCCACAUGCCAAGAUGAGCAGCUUUGGAGAGGUCCUGAAGGAGAUCGGGGAGUUUGGUUUAUUUCAGAAAAGCUUACUUAUUGCGUUGUGCAUACCCAGCAUUUUCCCAGCUUUCGACGUGACAAGCCAGGUGUUUACGGGAAUUGGUUUCCCACAUCACUGUAACACUGACUGGAUUUUGGAGAAGGGGCCAAACCUAACCAAAGAGAGGCAGAGAAAUCUUACCAUCCCCGUGGAUGAGAACGGAAGAUUUGAAAGCUGUAAAAUGUUCACCCCCGUGAAUCUGGAUUUGGAAACGAUUGAAAAGUAUGGUCUUAACGGGACAACAGGAUGCAUCAGUGGCUGGGACUAUGAGGUCCAACCUGGUGUUUCCAACAUUGUGACAGAGUUUAAUCUGGUUUGUGACAAAAGUGGUUUAAUUGAGGCAUCACAGUCCAUCUACAUGGCUGGUGUUCUGGUCGGUUCGUUGAUGUUUGGGGCAAUUUCUGACAGGUUUGGCAGAAGAUUUGGGAUCCUUCUUUCAGUUUUCGUCCUGCUGUUAUUCAGUGUCAGCACAGCUUUCUCACCAAACAUCUACGUUUACAUGACUCUCAAAUUUUUAUGUGGAACUGGUGUUGUUAUCAUGAACACAUUUGUGAUGGUGGUGGAAUGGACAGAUCCUUCAAAAUCAGCUCUCUGCACAAUGUCCAUCAUGAGCUUCUUUUCAGUAGGACAGAUAAUUUUAUCUGGGAUUGCUUAUUUGACAACAAACUGGAAGAACAUGCAACUGGUGCUCUUUAGCCCUCUUGUCGUUGUCCUGGUGACCAUGUUAUGUUUUCUUCCAGAGUCAGCCCGAUGGCUCGUGUCUCAGGGCAAGAAGGAGGAGGCUAUGAAGGAGCUCCAACGGGCCGCCAAAGCCAACAAGAGAAAUGUAACAGCAGAUCUGCUUGAUAAGAUCAAUGUGGAGCCUUCUCCGAACAGAAAGAACAUGGUGGACAUUUUCCGAAUAUCCUACUUAAGAAAGAAUACUGUAAUCAUGGCCUUUAACUGGUUUGCAGCAACUUUUCUGUUUUAUGGACUGAGCCUAAAUAUCGGAAGUUUUGGCCUAAACAUCUACCUCACGCAGCUCAUCUUUGGCUUCAUUGAAAUUCCUGCCAACAUGGCCAGCUUGACUCUGAUUCAGUGCUUUGGGAGAAGAAUAUGUGAAGCAGGUUUCCUGGUCUUUGGUGGGGUUUCUUGUUUGGUGGCCAUUAUUGUCCCAAAAGAUCUUCCAGCGGUGGUGACUGUCAUAGCAAUGCUGGGAAAAUUUGCUGCUACAGCUGCCUGCAGCACAGCUCAUGUCUAUACAGCUGAGUUAUACCCUACAGAUUUAAGACAUAGUGGAGUCGGCUUCAACGCCAUGUGUGCUCGUGUGGCUGGCAUACUCUCACCACUGGUCAGGCUCUCGGAGGUCUACCAUUAUAGUGUUCCCAUGGUGGUGUAUGGCAUCAUCCCAAUGGCUGCUGGCGGCUUCUGCUUGCUGCUGCCCGAAACACUCAAUGUUGAAUUUCAGGAGGUCACAGUGAUGGAACAUAGAAUAAAUGGACCACAGGAGGACCAACGCUGCACUGAAGACACUGUCAAGAGUUCAUAAACUGUAAUGUUGAUCUUGGUUGUCUUAUGCCAGCCUAACCAUGCUUUAAGCUUCUCCACCGUCUACAGUUUCUUUGCCUUUAUGUUUGUGGUUGUUCAAUAAAGUGCUCUAACAAACGUC